AUGGUGGACCGGCACGAUCAAACGUUGAUGGACAAAUCGAUGCGAUCGGUUUUCGUUGGAAACAUUCCGUACGAAGCGACAGAAGAAAAGCUUAAAGAUAUAUUCUGUGAAGUCGGACCAGUCCUUUCGCUGAAAUUGGUAUUCGACCGCGAGAGCGGCAAACCGAAAGGAUAUGGAUUCUGCGAGUACAAAGACCAGGAAACAGCGCUCAGCGCAAUGCGCAAUCUUAACGGCUACGAAUUUGGUGGCCGUGCCCUGCGCGUGGACAAUGCCUGUACGGAAAAAUCGCGCAUGGAAAUGGCUGCCCUGCUGCAGGGACCACAGGUGGAAAAUCCUUACGGCGAUGAAUGUGACCCGUCCGAUGCGCCCGAUUUGAUUGCGAAAGCCGUCACAGGUCUGCAGCCGGACCAGAUGUACGAGCUGAUGCGGCAGGCUAAGGCAUGCGUACAGAACGAUCCGGAGGAGGCGCGGAACAUGCUGCUGGAAAAUCCGCAACUCACGUACGCACUGCUCCAGUCGGCUGUCGUGAUGCGGAUUGUCGAUGCGCACACGGCACUUUCAUUUUUACACGCCCGCCACACAAUGCCACCAGUGCUGAGCGAAGAUCCGUUGAGUGUUUUGCCCGGGCACGAACCGGUACGCGCACCGUUCGUUCCCGAUGGGCACGGUGGACCAAUGCAGGGUGCGACGUUUCACGACAGUGACGAACGCCAUUUGUUAAACGAUCGUGCACCGCACGCGAUGGACAUGGAUUUACGUAUGAUGGAUCCAUUCAUGGGAGGGCAUCGGGUACCCGAGUUGGUACAGGGGAACAUUCCCGAGUCGAGCUUCGUACCGAUCGAUAUACGACCGCAGCGUCCGGUCGAUCCACGGUUGCUAAAAGAUCCACGUUUGGAGGCCGCAUCAUCUGCAGCGGUUGGAUUGGGCUCGAUGGGUAACAAACCGAUUCCACCGCCAGCAUCGUUAGAUCAUCCGACAGUGCCCGACCAAGGGUCGAAAUCGAAAGCAGGUUCAAACGAUGCAUCGGAUCAAGAAAAGGCCGCACUAAUAAUGCAAGUACUGCAACUCUCCGACGAACAGAUCGCUCUGCUGCCACAAGACCAACGCGCUAGCAUUCUCGUGCUAAAGGAACAAAUUUCACGAAAUGCACCAAAAUAG